GGAAGGAGGAGACUUCUCUUUCCCGCCUCCUUUCCCUCCUCUUCCCUCCCUCCCUGCCUCUCCUUCCCCGCUCCAGACUUCCAUCGACGAGGACGAGGAGCCUGAGGAGGAGGGGAAUCCAGCCUUUGGGCCUGGUCGCGCAGGAGAGACCACCCGAGACAGUAGUGGCCUCCCCCGCCCCCCUUGGGCAGCGCUGGGAAGGGAGCUCUGCGCCUCCUCCUCCUCCUCCUCCUCCUCCUCCUCCAGUGCUGCCUGAGCAAGCCUCACAAGGAGGUGGGAGCCUCUGCAUCCUCACUUGGCGCUGCCUGACAAUUCCAGAGAUCUCCCACCUGCAAGAAAAAUGAAGUUGUUGUACUUUGGAGUGCCAGUUGUAAUUGGGCUGCUGUUCUUUGUCUGGGUCCCGUCGUCAAUGGGGUGCAACAAGGCGCUGUGUGCUAGCGAUGUCAGCAAGUGUUUAAUACAGGAGCUGUGUCAGUGCCGACCAGGUGAAGGAAAUUGCUCAUGCUGUAAGGAGUGCAUGCUUUGCCUCGGCACUCUUUGGGAUGAGUGCUGUGACUGUGUUGGUAUGUGCAAUCCACGCAAUUACAGUGAUACCCCUCCUACUUCCAAGAGUACUGUGGAGGAGCUUCACGAACCCAUUCCUUCUCUUUUUCGGGCACUUACCGAAGGCGACACUCAGCUGAGCUGGAAUAUUGUUUCCUUCCCCGUCGGCGAAGAGCUGUCGCAUCAUGAGAACCUGGUGUCCAUUUUAGAGACAGCAAACCAAGCCCAGCAUCAGAAUGUCUCUGUCGCAAAUAACAAUGUCCAUCCAUCCUACUCCAGUGAAAAAGAGCGCAUGUGUACUGUGGUCUAUUUUGACGAUUGUAUGUCAAUCCAUCAGUGCAAGAUCUCCUGCGAAUCCAUGGGUGCCUCUAAAUACCGAUGGUUUCACAAUGCCUGCUGCGAAUGCAUUGGGCCUGAGUGCAUCGACUAUGGCAGUAAAACUGUAAGAUGCAUGAACUGCAUGUUCUGAAGACGGAAAGCAGGGUUUUAAUGUUAUAGGCACCAAAGGUAUUCCUUGUCGGUAACGAUUGAGCUUGGAAGUAUUGCUUGAGACUGUAACAGUGGCCAGAGAGAUAGUUGCAGGGACCAAGAGAUGUAUACAGUUUUUAAUGUGCGAGUUUACACCCUCAUCCAUGUACACAGUAUUAAGUAGUAAAUGCUUAGUCUCUUUAUUUUGCAUCUUAAUUGGGCAGCAUAGUCAGUGUUAUGUUGACCCGAAUCGAUGAAGUUAACUAAUAUAUCAUGGAUGGUUGUGAGUUUUCCGGGCUGGAUUACCAUGUUCCCAAAGCAUUCUCUCCUGACGAUUUGCCUGCAUCUAUGGCAGCUAGGUAUGAAUGUCAAUGCUAUUCAAAGUAGCCAAUUGAAACAUUCACACCUAGCUCCAACAGACAAGAGUUCUUUCUCCCACCCUGGACUGUCCACAGAUAUAUAAACCCAAUUUUCCUAGUUUCCAACAGACCUCACAACUUCUGAGGAUGCCUGGCAUAGAUGCAGGUGAAACGUCAGGAGAGAAUGCUUCGGGAACAUGGCCAUACAGCCCGGAAAACUCACAACAGCCCAGUGAUUCCGGCCAUGAAAACCUUUGACAAUAAUAUAUCAUGAAUAUCUUGAGUAACCUGAUCAUGUCUUUCAUAAACAUUAAAACCAGAAUCCUGAACUAUAAACUCUGUAAUUGUUUGAACGGACCACAUACUUCCAAAUAUUUGGAUUUAAACUGAUGCGUAGCAUAUUGUUACAGACUUGCAUAGAUUUCUAUUAUGAGAAGUCUUUUUUUAAAAAAAGUUGGCAACUUUAAGAAAUCAUUUCCAAAUAGGCCAGUAAAAAAGGAAAGAGUUAGGGUUGUGAAAAACUUACAACCACAGAAUUGAUACUGGAUUUUGCAUCAUGAUAAUUCUCUCUCCAAAUCCAAUGAAUCCAUUUUUAAGUAAAUUUGCUAAACUUUAUAACAUAUUCUUUGUUUUUUGCUCCCCUGAAUCCUUGCCUUCAGCGAGGCUGUUAAAAGUGGACAUACAUUAACUGGAAAUUAAUGUGCAAAUCACGCUGAACUUGCUAAGUAAUGGUACUUUGAAUAGUAAAGUAAAGUAAACGUUUCCCGUGACAUUAAGUCUAGUCGUGUCCGAGUCUGGGACUCUGGUGCUCACCUCCAUUUUUAAGCAGUCAAUGCAAUGGAAGCAUUCUGACUCAUGGCCUCCAAAGAAGGCAUGUGUCCAACUCUCGGCAGGCAAGGUCAUACUCACAGUAUUUUGGGACCAGCACGGAAUAGUACUGAUGGAUUUCCUAGCAAAGGGGAUCAUGAUCACAGGGGCAAACUAUGCUUCACUGCUGCAGAAAUUGCAGAAGGCCAUGAAAACCGAGAGAAGUUGCAUGCUCCUCAAAGGUGUCCGCCUUCUGCAAGACAAUGCACCAGUUCCCAACUCACCUGUUGCCCAAAUGGAAGCAUCUCCUUUGGCUUUGAAAUUCUACCACAUCCCCCUGAUUCACCCAACCUCGCACCAUCGAAUAUCCACCUCUUUUCAGCAAUGAAGUUAUUUUUGAAGGGCAAGCCUUUCUCAGGUAAUGAAACUUUGAUUUCCAAA